UUAAUCACUUCCUAUACAUACUAAAGAGCGGAAAAGAGAAUAAGAACUAUGUCUCGAAGAUUCGUGUCUUUGAGUUUUGGAAUCAGCUGGAGGAAGAUAAGCCAUUGAACAGUAUAACAGUGGACAUGGCGUCUUCCGGUUCACAGGAUAAAGAUACCGGUUCACAGGAUAAAGAUACCGGUUCACAGGAUAAAGAUAUCGCAUUUGCACAAGAUCUGCUGCCAUGUACCCUCUGCAGUAACAAUGUAGAACUUGUCUGCAAAUCGUGUGGUGUCGAUUUGUGUGGUAACUGUGCUGGUCCACAUAUGCUCUCGGAGCCUGAGAAGAAACAUGAUAUUAUAAAAUAUGACCAAAAAUACCUGACAACCCCUAGACCAUUAUGUCCUAACCAUACGGAUCAGAUCUGCGAUCUCUUUUGUCAAAAAUGCGAUGUUCCUGUAUGCGCUAAAUGCAUUGCUAACAAGUCUCAUUUCAAUCACAGUAUGGUGGAAAUUUCAGAUGUUUACGACGAGAAAUUUAACUUCAUAAUUCAAGAAACGAAGCUCUUGGAGGAAACUUUAGUACCCAAAUAUGAUGAAAUCAUCGAUGGACUGAAGAGGCAUACAACAGAAGUACCAAUAAGAAAUUCCGUAUUAAAGGGAGAACUUAGAGAUCAUGGCGAGAAAUUACAAAGACUGAUUCAAGGGACUAUUGACAAAUAUAUCGAUAGCAUUGAAGCAACCGAAAAACAAGAUCUCUCUCAUCUGAAAGACAACUUAUCCAGGUUUGAAAAUGUAUUAGGAGAAAUGCAUCAAGCUAUACAACGAAAUAAAGAAAUGCUCAGAUCAAAGAAUACCCAGAUGUUCGGCUAUCGGCCUGUGGUAGAGAAGUUUCAAAGAGUUCCGCCACGCGUAAGCGUAACGUUUGCUUCUUUUUUACCAGGCGCUAUCGAUAAAACACAAUUUCUAGGAAGCAUUGGAGUCCUGACUUCAUCAGCUACAAAGGAGGAAGGUGAAUACAUCAUUCCACUGAUGGAUCACCUCUCGAUGGUUCAGUCUCACUACAGAGAGGUGCUACCAAGAUCCGUCAUUACUGCAACAGCGGACACCACCUACAAUGAGCUCUUCAAAAUAAGUUGGCUGAAAUUAGAUGAGGCAUGGAUAAGUGGAAACGACAAAACAAUAACAAGAGUCAACAGCAAAGGAUCGGUUCUAGAGAAGAUUGCCACUAAGUCUGGCCGUUCCACCAAUGGCCUGGUAGUUUGGAAAAACGCAGAUUUGCUGUACAUUGAUUGCUAUGAUAAAAAGGUUGUAAUGGUGAAGAACAAGAAAAUGACUACACUUAUCAAAACUGACUGGAAACCGACGGAGAUUAGCUGCACACUAUCUGGAGAUAUUUUAAUCUCUCUGUGGAAUAACCUAUCUGGAGAUGAUAAAAGAUUCAAAAUCUUACGAUAUUCUAGGGAUGGAUUGGAUUUGAAGCAAGAGAUCCGCUAUAGAGAAAAUGGCCAGCCCCUUUUCCAGAGCAAAGGGCCUCACUGCGCCAUCCCUACCGCCGAAAACAGGAACGGUGAUAUCUGUGCUGCCGACUGGAACGCAGGUGUCCUACUUCUGUUGAACAAGAUCGGAAAAUUAAAGUUAAAAUAUACCGGUUUACAAAGCGUAGUGUUUGAUCCAAGGUAUAUAGCUACGGACAGCCAGGGACAUAUUUUGGUAUCGGACUAUGACAAUAACUGUGUGCACAUACUGAAUGAAGCUGGACAUCUUGUAUCUCUCAUUGAAUAUCUAAGAAGACCCGAGGGCAUAAGCAUUGAUGACCAAGACAAUCUGUGGCUGGUGGAGAGAGGGGGGAAACUCAAAGUCAUUAAAUACUUGGAGUGAAUUUCAGACCGGAAACAUUCGUGAUUUUCUUAGAAUCGGUUCGAUGAAUAUUCACCGAGAUUCAUUUGGAGGAUAUUUCUGUAAUUGAUGAUAAAUUUAAUUACUGGUAAUAAAUACAUGUACUUAA